UUCGCAUUUAUCUUCAAACACGCGGCUUUAACGCCCUCUCCAUUCUUUCACGGGCAUGGCUCCUAAUCGAAACAGUAUUCGCACUAGUCUUCGAAACAGCAUCGCAAUUGACCUUUCGUCGGUGGGCCAUGGUGACAAUGCGCUACUCGACGGGGGAAAAGUAGGAGGGGAUGAGGAACCCGCACUCAUUGUUUCGACUGGCAGGCCCAAUCGUAACAGUGUACACACCAUCGACUUGGCUGCAAUGUCGGAGAUGGUGCACGGCGUGAAGGGUUCUGACCAUGGCGGAUUAAAGUCAUUACCUAUCGAAGAGGAGCAG